AUGCAGUCCGGUGAACCCCGUCCUGAAGCCCGAUGGCCGCAUGACACUGAAGACAGCAGACCAGUGGACGACGACGUGUUAAAGAACUAUCGUUUUACGAACGACUACCGGGUGGUCAACUCCAUGACCAAGCCCAAGACCGGCGAUGGGGUUUUUUACCUGCCAAAGUGCUUCUGGCAGUUCCCGCUGCACGAGGACAGCUGGGACAUGCUGUCGUUCAUGCUCAAUUUCUGCGUGUAUACCCCCGACAGGGUGAUGCAGGGUCAUGUGGACAGCGCGCUCUAUAAAUUCUUCGAUCGAGUGGAGCACUUUGGUUUCAAGCUGAGUUCGUCCAAAACCAAGGUGUACACUCAUGAGGUCAAGUGGUGUGGGCGCAUUAUCAGUGGCGAAGGCGUCAAGCGGGACCCGGAACCGAUCCAUUACUUGUGUGCAAUUCCCUACCCUAUGAACGCGGGUGACUUGCAACAAUUUACGGUGAACCCACUCCAGCAAUGCUUGACAAAGUCCCUCGAGGGUAAGGGCAAGAAGAUCCGCAUCACGUCUGGUGUUCACUUGGAACUACUCGACGGCGAAAAGAAAGCGUUCGAAGCAGUGAAGUCCAAGUUACGGGCGUCGGUUGAACUAUCUCACCCUUGUGAUGAUGCAACGAUGUGCCUAAAAGAAGCGUACUCGAUUGCACGAGCGUGCGAGAAGCUCAACUACUUGUGA